AGUGUUGUUCUCUUUUGCUGUUGUGCUUCCUGCCACGUGUGGUAUCAGUGCUAUCAAAUAUGAUACCAAUGCUGCUGAGGGUGGGAGUUUUAUUGUGCAUAAGUGCUUUUGGUUUUGAGUAGCAGAAACAGUAAAAGUAUUACAAAAUUGUGAUAACUGUUCUGAAUGUGGAGGGCUUUUAAUACAAGUAUAUGGUUUUAACAUGAGUGUGUCAGAGGGGCUUGUACCUCAACACGCUGCUGCCUUGAUUUCCUGGUAAAAUGUCAGGAAAUUAAGGGGAUGGGGUGGAAACCUUCUGUGCACGGCUGUCAUACCAGAAACAGAACCAGAGGGAUGGAAAAUUUCAGUGUAAAGUAGCUGCUGUUUAGGAAAUCAGAAGUGAAACACUAUGUUUAACUCUUUAGUACACAUUUAUGAUUUACUUCAAGAUGCUGUGUCCUGUUCACAUGCUGACAAAAUCAGCAGCAGCUCUUGUUAUAGCUCCUGUAUUUUUGCUUGCCUUUGAUUAGUUCUUAUGCUGCCACUGUAUGAUGCACUGUAGUGCUAUGAUCUCAUUUCAGGCAGCUUUUCCAAGGUGUUCAGUGAUCCCCCUCCAGUGAUUACUUUUUAACUGCAUAACAUUCUCCAUCUUGUUUAUCCAGCAAAUUUCCUUCUGGAUGAAGGUAUUUCAAGUGUAGUUUCUCCUAGUGUGUAUUUGUUGAGGAACAGAAGAGGUCCUGUCCAUCCAUUCUUAUCUGACUCAUCCUGUUUUCUUUUGCUCCUAAAACAUAGACUGCAAAAUAGGAAGCAGGAAAGCCAAUGGUGUGUUUUAGUGUUGUAGAUAAGCUGCUUGCAUGCAAUUUCUUUCUUCCUUAAUAUGGACUUUGAAUCUGUUAGCAUCAUGAUACCAACCAACAUUACAUGACUUAAGAGUAAAGGUCACCAUAUGUUUUUGUUAGUCCCUGUACUCUUCUACUGUAACUGGUCAUCCUUCAGGUAAUUUACAAAAGGAGAAACCCGUGGUUGGAAACGAUUUGAUGCUUUUUCAUCUCAGAUCUUUUAAAAAGGCUUUAAGAAUUACUGCAAAUACUAAUACUGAAUUACAAGCUCACAUUUACCAGGAUAACUGUGGUUAUGAUUACUAGAACUUACAGUCCUUGAUUAUUGACUCCAGUUGAUAACAGGGUCAGUUAGUGCUAAGGGAACAGGCUCCUGCCCAGGUUUUCUGGGUUGUGAAGAUUUUUCUGUUGAGUGGUUAUAAGAAGACCUUAGACUGAGAUCAAAGAAACUGUAGAAUCUUGAAGAGGAGCUAACUGUAAUUGAAAAGGCUGUGUUGAUGGGUGAAGCCUUCUGUGUUUGUGCAUGCUAUUUUAUAUCUCCCUUAUCUAAGUUCGUGCUUAGUCUUGGUAUCAUAUUAGGAGUGCAAACUCCAGUCUGACAGACAAGCUACUGAAGUCUUUUUUUAGCUUGUGUAAACUGCAGGUAAAAUGUGGUAUCUUUGCUGCAUCAGGAAUUUCAGAUGUCACUAUGUUCAGAGCUACAUGCUUUUUUACUUCUUUGGUUUUUUUCAUUCUAGGCAGAAAAAAUGGAAUAGACCACACAAAGCAGCAUGUGAAGUUCACCUUUAUGCAAGAUGUAAUUUGGAGGACCAAGUACACUUCUUCAGGCCAUGGGAGACGAAAUACUGAGCACAUGAUAGUUUUGUUUCAUCCAAGUGCUGUUCUGUGCUGAGUCAAUGUUGGUUUGUAUUAAGGACAAGUACUGAUUUCUUCAGGUCAGCAUGUCGACUGUGACGAGUGCUCAGACACCAGAGGAACCUAAUCCUCCUCCCCUUGAAGAAAAGCCAAAGGGAAAAUCACUGUUUCAAUUGGGUUCGCUCUUUGCUAACAGGAGUGAGAAGUUUGUAAUUGCUAGGAGUGACAGUGUGCCAGAGGAGAACGUGCUGAAAAUAACCAUCACAGAGACCACGGUCAUUGAGUCGGACUUGGGCAUCUGGAAUUCUCAUGCUCUCAUCUACCUCACUUUGUGGUUUUUCUUCAGCUUUUGCACCCUUUUUCUUAACAAAUACAUUCUUUCAUUACUGGAAGGAGAGCCCAGCAUGCUAGGUGCUGUUCAGAUGCUUUCAACCACCUUCAUCGGCUGUAUCAAAAUGUUUGUUCCAUGCUGCUUAUAUCAACACAAAACACGCAUCUCUUAUCCACCCAAUUUCAUCAUGAUAAUGCUGUUUGUUGGAUUAAUGAGAUUUGCAACGGUUGUCUUGGGUCUUGUCAGCUUGAAAAAUGUGGCAGUUUCAUUUGCAGAAACUGUGAAAAGCUCUGCACCUAUUUUUACUGUUAUCAUGUCUCGGAUGAUACUGGGGGAAUACACUGGAUUGCUGGUUAAUCUCUCCCUGAUUCCUGUUAUGGGUGGGCUAGCUCUGUGUACAGCUACUGAAAUCAGUUUCAACAUUCUAGGUUUCUCGGCAGCUUUAUCUACUAAUAUCAUGGACUGUUUGCAGAAUGUCUUUUCCAAAAAACUACUCAGUGGAGAUAAAUACAGAUUUUCAGCCCCAGAGCUUCAGUUCUACACAAGUGCUGCUGCAGUGGUUAUGCUUAUUCCAGCCUGGAUAUUUUUCAUGGAUGUGCCUGUGAUUGGGAAAAGUGGGAGGAGUUUCAGCUACAACCAAGAUAUUGUCAUACUUCUCUUAAUAGAUGGCGUCUUGUUCCACCUACAAAGUGUUACAGCCUAUGCCCUGAUGGGAAAGAUUUCUCCUGUGACUUUCAGUGUUGCCAGUACUGUGAAGCAUGCACUGUCGAUCUGGCUAAGUAUUAUUGUGUUUGGUAACAAAAUCACAAGCCUCUCAGCCAUUGGGACUGUUCUAGUGAUAAUUGGAGUUCUACUAUAUAACAAGGCAAAGCAGCAUCAGCAAGAGACUAUACACAGCCUGGCAGCUGCAGCCCCACAGUCGGCACAAAGUACAGCUGAAGAUACUGAGCCACUGAUUUCCAAGGAUUUGGAACCGUAUGAUUAAUGUGGCCGUUCAUUCUUUCAACCUAGCAUAACUCAGAAGAAGGAACUCUUUCUGAAAGUGGUUGUUUCUUCAACUGUUGAUGCUGAUUCAGUACCUUUGAGUUCAUGGCAGGUCAAGCCUGGGACUUGAAGCAGAGAGAAAACAAUGGGAAGAAUGCAGUAAACCUGGAUAUACUGAGAAACUGGUGGACCAAACAGAGGACCUAAUGUCAUAUAACGUGGUAAAUGUGGGCUUUAUUGUCUGUCUUUGACUGCAAGUAACGUACAAGCCUUUAUUAAAGAAAGAACUUCAGUGUCUUGUGGGAAAACCAUUCCUUUCUCCCUCCUCAUCAAAAUACUGUGAAAACAUAGACCCAUCACUGUAAUUUACUUGCAGUGGAAUGAGCUCGGUACAAAACUGAUAUUCCUAGUUGGGUGUUACUGUACUUUGCCUGCACCCUCCGUCAUCUGUGUACGUCAUAGAGCUGGAAGAAGGAAGCUCCUACUCUCCCAGCAAGUGACUUAUUCUGGUAUACAUUUAGUUGAAGGGAACUCAGGCAAUGAGUCCAUGCCCCAAAGCAGUGACGAGCAGCUAUUUCUGACCACAAAGCUAGGAAUGAAAAGUGAUUUUUCUACUGAACUAUAACAUGGAAAUAUUGCAUCCUGGUUGCAUUGACAAUAUUGAAAUGCAAGUGUACACACCUAUACCUACACUGUAUAAAUGGAAUGUGGAAUAUCUGCAGUUGCUUAGAGGUAAAAAACACUGAAAAAUUGUGGUGACAAAGGAAAAAGGAUCUCUGCAUUUCCACAAGAAACCAUUUUACUAUUUUAAUUUCUUGCAUUUUAUUGUGUAUUUCUGUUAUGAGGAAAUAUCUUGGUAUUAUUUCUAAAAGUGCAACAAAAUGCUGCCUUUUAGAAACUCAGGGUUAUAAUUGUCACCUAUGUGCGAAGUAUUUCUGUCAUUUGUGCUUAUGUAAAGAAGCUCAGAGCUAUCUGUGACAGAGAUGCAAGAGGGGUCAUGAAAGGGAGGAACAUUAACCAUAAACUGAGGCUGAUCUUAGUUUCUACUGCUCUUAAGUUUUCUUUUUGAAGGAAAUUCUGUUUUGUGGUAGAUUAAAGUUUAACUUUUCAGUAAAAAAACCCUUAAGUAUUAGCAAUUAGGUCUGGAAAAAAAAAAAAGCACAAAACCAGUCAAAUGGACUUUUUUGGUGACAAAACUAACAACUAAAAUGACCUGGUUCUUAGUAAUUGCCACUCUUCUGACUGCAACGUGGAGUUAGAAGCAUGGAUAAAAUGGUCUUUAUGGUAAAAACAAUUUCUAAGGGGAAGUUACCACUGGAGUUCCUGCAAAGUCUGAAGCUCAAGCUUAACAUUUCCACAUGUGAAACGUUGUUAGCUGUAGCAAGCUGUUCCUGUGGAGCAGAAAUGUGUUCCUAGAGUCUGAAGAAGCCUGUGUUCAAUAUUGUGUGCUUGUUUUGUCUUAGCCUACUUCAGGUCACAUUCCUAUAGGUGACUGGUUCCCUGGGGCAUAUCCCUGGAGAUGUAAGCGGGAGUGAGAUGUCAGAUGUUUUUCAUCACUGUGUAUGUGAUGCCUGUGGAUAUUUUGUUUCUUUCUAUUCCUGUCCCUUCAGUAAAAGCCCUGGACUGUGCGGUGGAGCUCUGUGGUUUGUCUUGUAGUUAGGCUUUCAAAACUCUCACUGUAGUUAGCAGAAAACAGAGGGGUUUGCAUCAGGUUCCUCCUCUUGCUGAAAGUGAAACAGAGGUGGUUUCCGGGUUGCCCUGCUCCAUUCUCAUGUAAACCCCUUCACCAACGGAUGGAGCUUCAUUUUGAAAGCUCACAGGCUUUUGCCUUUCCUAUUGUGGAGAACUUUGUGUGACCCUAGCAGCUGAGAGGAUUUUAACUUGUUAUUUCUGACACAUGUCCAAGCUAUUAGUGGCUGGUUGAGCCCCACCUGUUCUGUGGCAGCACAGUAAUCCUCUUUCACGUGGAGUUUGUUUGCACAGGGUUGAUCUUAUGUACUUUUCUAUGCAGUAUCAUUGGUCUUUAUUAGAUUAAACAAACCAACCUCUUCAUUGUC